AUGAUGUCCGCGUGCCCGCUUGUAUCCGCCGCGCGCACUACACGCGUGCACGCGCGUUACUGGAAUGUCCGCCGACGGCUCGUGGGGUGCUGCCUUGUGAUGCAUGUCGUGCUGCACAGCAGCCUGGCGCACGCAGGCGGCCAGGGGUACCUGGAGGGCCAAGGCCGAGAAGGAGGAACAGCUUCGCAGCGGGUGUUGACGGCGCAGCAGCAGCAACAGCAAGGCGGUGGUAGCGUGACGCGGUUGUAUCUUCUGCCCGGCAACCCGUACGGCGCCAAGUGUCUCGACGGCAGCCCCCCGGGGUACUAUCACAGGCCGGGCUAUGCGGCGGGCAGCGCAGCGUGGCACAUCCACCUGCCGGGCGGCGGGUGGUGCACGACCAUGGCGGGGUGCGUGCACCGCGCGCAGACGGACCAGGGCAGCACGCGCUCGCGCCCCACCGUCAUCGUGCGGGGCGGCAACGACAGGGACGAGGGCAGCGCGUCCCCGGCGCGCGGAAUCAACUCCCCCGACCCGAAGGUGAACCCGCUGUUCCACAACUGGCACCUCAAUAGGGGCAUGGCUCAGGCAGGCAGCAUUCUAUUGACGGGCAGCUCAGCGGGCGGGCAAGCAGUGAUAACGCUGUGCGACCGCGUGGCGCUCAUCUUCCCGUCCGCCACCGUCAAGUGCAUUCUCGACGCUGGCUUCUUCGUUGAUGCGGAGGACCGGUGGCAUGGGAAUACGAUGAGCACCAUGGUGCACAACAUGGUGGCCCUGCACGCCAUGCGACUCAACCUGCACUGCACACAAGCCUACCCAGUGCAAGAGCAGUGGCGCUGUUUCUUCGCGCAUCGCUCGCUGCGCUUUGUGUCGUCGCCGCUGCUGGUGGUGAACUCGCUGCUGGACUACCGCGCGCUCACCAUCGGCAACCAGCUGCGCCCCAGCGCCACCCUCGGCACGCAGUGCCUGCGCUCGCUGGUCAAGCAGGCCAACGGCGACAUCAAGACCAUGCUCUGGAGCAAGCAGUGGCGGCUGUGGGGCACCGUGGGCAAAGACAAGGCUUGGCAGGAAAAGACCGCAGCAGGGCGUGAAUGUCAGCCAGCAGAGAGGAGAGCGGUGCUGAAUGCUGCAUGGAAACUGCUGCGCAGCACAGAUGCAGCGAGGAGGAAGAAAGGCACGCAGAUAAGCAACUUCGUGACAGUGGCUGUGGCUCACUGCUCCCUCACGAGCCCCAAGUGGACCGCUGUUACUGUGAAUGGAACAAACUUGAGGGAUGCAGUUAACAAAUGGUGGCUUGCCAAGGCGCACAAGGUUACACCAUCUACUGUCGGUGGUAACGCUCGCUUCAGGCACACUGGCAGCGCGAGGCAGAAGGGGAGGUUGAACGAGAGCAGAGGAGGGUCAAGAGGAGGCAUGCAGAGGCAGGUGAAGUAUUCCUCUGAUUCACUGCAGCGGACUGGCUCUCAAGACCACGCAGCAGAUAUGGACACAAGAGAUGAUUUGAGACAGAGUAGUGAAGAGCAGAAAGAGAGUGAUGCAGCAGUGGCUGUUCGGCAUGGCUCCCCAAGCAUACGGACAGGACAUGCCACAGGUACACACCCUUCUCAAACUGGCCUGGGAAGCAAUGACUCCCUCGGCGACUCGUUAUCCGACUGGUUCAACUCAUAA